AUGGAUAUUUGGGAUUUUGAAGCUCCGAUUGGAACACCAUUAAAAUAUUCAACAAAAAAAGGAAAUUAUUGUAUUCAAAAUAAUGUGCAAUUCGAAUUUGUAGAAGAUGAUUUAUUAGAUGGGGGCUUCUUAAACACUCAGGUUAAUACUCAGAAUAAUUUUUAUAAUGGUGGUUGGAGCACAAAUAAUAUGAAUAAUAUUCCUAGAUCUAUGAAUAAUAAUAAUACGAAUAACAAUAGUUUUGGUACACAUUUUUUUAAUGAAAAUGUUGUAAACUCUACUACUACAUUUAAUAUCGACAAUAAUAACUUCGAACAAUCAAUGAUUUCAAAUUGCGAUCAAGUGUUUUAUACUCAAAAUAUAAACAAACAAACAUAUAAUAAAAAUAAUAAUAACUAUUCAUACAAAGAAAAAUUAUCAAUGAAAAAUUAUACUAAUAAUAACUUUGCAGUUAUUCCCCAAUAUUUUGAUAUUCCACCAGAUUCAAAAUUUUUCAUUAUUAAAUCUUUCACUUUGGAACAUAUUCAACGUGCUUAUACUUACAAUAUAUGGUCAUCAACUCAUCUUGGUAACAAGAAAUUAUCGGCUUGUUUUAAAGCUGGAACUUCAGACUCUAAAAUCUUUCUUUUCUUCUCUGUUAAUGGAUCUGGUAAAUUUUGUGGUGUUGCUCAAAUGAUCUCCGAUGUAUCAAAGGAUUUGGAUACUACAAUAUGGGAUAAUAAUUCUAAAUAUGGUUCUGCAUUCAAAAUUCAAUGGUUAUGUGUUAGGGAUAUUGAAAAUAGAAUGUUUAAACAUCUGAUUGUUCCAGAUAAUCAAAAUAAACCUGUAACAAACUCAAGAGACACUCAAAUAUUACCAAAGGAAGUAGGAAUCAGUAUGUUAAAUAUAUUCCACUCUAAACAUAUUAAAGUGACGUCCUUCUUAGAUCCAGAACAAUAA